GGCGGGAGCGGCGGGAGCGGAGCAUGGCAGCGCUGGCGGCCGCCUCCCCCGGCGGGGACGAGUGUCUGGAGGAGGAUGAGGACGAGCUGGAGCCGGGGCUGGACGAGGCCGAGGCCGAGCCGGAGGGCGGGGGCGGCGCGAAGGCGGCGGGGGCGGCCCGGGGGGCGCUGCUGACCCGCAGGGGCAUCACCCUGAGGGUCCUGCUCCGAGACGGGCUCCUGGAGCCGGGCAGGGGCGUCCUGUCCAUCUACUACCUGGGCAAGAAGUUCGUGGGGGACCUGGGCUCGGACGGGACCAUCACCUGGCAGGAGACGGGGCAGGUGUUCAACUCGCCCAGCGCCUGGGCCACGCACUGCAAGCGCCUGGUGAACCCCGCCAAGAAGUCGGGCUGCGGCUGGGCGUCCGUGCGCUACAAGGGCCAGAAGCUGGACCAGUACAAGGCCGCGUGGCUGCGCAAGCACCAGCCCAACGUGCCACCCCCCGAGGAGGGCUUGGCCAGCGAGGGCGAGGAGGAGGAGCUGCCCGAGGAUGAGGAGGAGGAGGCGGCCAGGGAGGGUCGGGUGGCGCUGCCGGAGCCGGCAGCUCCCAAGAAGCCGGAGGAGAGGAGCAAGAAGCAGCAGGGCAAGGGUCUGGCGGAGCCGGCGGGGACGGGUGAGCUGCCGGGGGGUGCCGGGGGUCCCGGGCGGAGUGGCCGCGGUGACGGGACCCUGUCCUUGGCAGAUGCCGGGAAAAGGCUGGAGGUGAAACCCCGCGUGCCCGUCCGCUACUGCACCCUGGGCACCCGCGACUCGGCCAGGAACCCGCAGACCCUGGUGGAGGUGACAUCCUUUGCCGCCAUCAACAAAUUCCAGCCCUUCAACGUGGCCAUCUCCAGCAACGUCCUGCUGCUCCUGGAUUUCCACAGCCACCUGACGCGGAGCGAAGUGGUGGGGUACCUGGGGGGGCGGUGGGACACCAACACCCAGCUGCUGACGGUGCUUCGAGCCUUCCCGUGCCGGACCCGCCUGGGCGACGCCGAAGCCGCGGGCGCUGUGGAAGAGGAGAUCUGCCAGAGCCUGUUCCUGCGGGGGCUGUCGCUGGUGGGGUGGUACCACAGCCACCCCUUCGGGCCCGCGCUGCCGUCCCUGCUCGACAUCGACGCGCAGAUGGAUUACCAGCUCAAGCUGCAGGGCAGCGGCAACGGCUUCCAGCCCUGCCUGGGGCUCAUCUGCGGGCCCUUCUACCACGGCAACCCCGGCGUGGAGUCCAAAAUCGCGCCCUUCUGGGUGAUGCCGCCGCCAGAGCAACGGCCCAACGACUACGGGAUCCCCAUGGAGGUGGAGGUCACCUACAUCCAGGACGGGUUCCUCACCAACGACGUCGUGCAGGAGAUGACGCUGCUGGUGGAGUUCUAUAAGGGAGCCCCCGACCUGGUGAAGUUCCAGGAGCUGUGGAGCCAGGACCAGACCUACCUGGACAAGCUGAAGGGCUCCCUGGCCUCCCGCACCCCCAAAGACCAGAGCUUCACCCACGUCCUGGAGCAGAUCUUCAGCCUCCUCAGGCUCAGCGGGUGAGGGCCCCGGGCCCCUCGACUCGGACCAGGCGCCUCCCGCAGCCCGGGUGGGGCUCGCAGCCCCGGGGCUCUCCCGGCCCCGGCUCGGGGCAGCUCCCGGAGCUCCCCGCGACCCCCCGGCCCCGCCCUGCCCCGGGGGCGGCCGUGCCGGGGGGGAUCCGUGGGUCAGUGGUUUGUGGAAGUGGUAGUUUGAUUAAAGAGCAGUUCCUGAGAGGUGGCUCUGCUGGCUGGGGACAUCCUGCCAUGGCCCAGACUGAGGGGAUGUGCAAGGGAAUUCCUGCCUGGAGGGUGGGCAGCCCUGGCUUGGGGUGCCCAGAGCAGCUGGGGCUGUCCCUGGAUCCCUGGCAGUGCCCAGGGCCAGGCUGGACAGGGCUGGGAGCAGCCUGGGACAGUGGGAGGUGUCCCUGCCCGUGACCUUCCAGGUCCCAUCCAGUCCCAGCCAUUCCCUGAUUCCACAAGGCAGCCGUUAGAAAGAAGAAAACAUUUAAUACUUUCAUUCAGAGAUACAAGUCAAGAAUUGUGGGUCAUCAUUUUUUUUCCCCUAAAAACCAGGAGAAACCAUUACAAAACAAAACCAAACAAAAAAAGAGAUCUAGCGAGGUGUCCCAGCUGACAGAACGCGUUUCAAUCCACCUGAGCGGGAGCCAGUGUCCCCAGCAGGGAGGGGACAGCGGGAAGGACCCCCAGGACUCCCGUCCCACGGGCUCCCUGCCCUGCUGGGAGCAGGGGGGGCUGCCCUGUGCCCCCCCGGGGCCGGGGUCACUGCUCGGGGUCAGACACACGGGGACAUGCACGGACCAAAUCCUUACAGAGACAGGAGCAGGAGGAGCAGGGCUGGGGGUGCUGCAGGGCUGGGGGUGCUGAGCACAGCCCUGCAGAGCUGCAGGACAGGGGUGCUGGGCACAGCCCUGCAGAGCUGGGGCUCACAGAGCAGGACAGGGGUGCUGAGCACAGCCCAGGACUCAUCCCCCAGCCCUGCAGAGCUGGGGCUCACACAGCAGGGCUGGGGCCCGUCCCAGCCCCACUUUUGCAGCAAGGGAAACCACGGAGCCCAGCAGGCACUGCCCUGCAGCCCCGUGCCAACCCCGUGCCCUCCUCUGGCCAGGAGAAGCUCAGCUGAGGGAGAAGGGCUGGCAGAAGUGCCAUUGAGAUGAACCAUCCCUUUUCCCAGCACCCCAGGGGCAGAGGGGUGCCUUGCUGGGGCAGGGUGGGGUGCAGGGAAGGCACGUGAGGGCCAGGUGAGCUCCAGUCACAGGAGGGAUGCCCAGGAAGGGGGAACAGGCAGAGGAACCUCUGCCCCAGCACAGGGACACCCCGGGCUGUGGCCCAGCUCCCCCACCUCCAGUUGAUCCUCCAGAUCAUCUGUGACAGACACGGCAGAGUUUGGAGCAGGAAAAGCCUGAGGUCCAGGAAAGAACCACGAGCAGAAGGAGCAGCCCCCCUGAUGGGGUUGAGCUCUGUGGGGAGGGAGCCAGGGGGGCAGGGGAUACCCCGACUGUCCCUCAGGAUGGGCAGGGAUGGCUCUGAGCCCCAGGGAUGGCUCUGAGCCCCAGGGAUGGCCCCGAGCCCCAGGCAGGGCUCAGCACCUGCCCUGCAGGGCUGCCUUAGUGUUCUCUGGCUGUUUUAGUGUUGCUGUGCCCCAGCUCCCCUCCCCUGAUCCCUCUGGGAUCCCUCCACGAUCAGGGGCAGCGUUUCUGGGGCAUGAGGGUGGGGCUGCCCUGCCCUGGGGCCACCCGUGUGCCCAGGACACACCUGGGCUGUGCCACCUGCCCCAUUUGUGUGUUCAGGACACACCUGGGCUGUGCCACCUGCCCACCCGUGUGACCAGGACACAUCCCAGUCUCUCACCUGCCUCAUCCGGGCGCUGGACCCAAAGGAAAGAUGGGAAGUGGGGAGAGACAGGGACAGGGCAGUGCCAGGGCAGUGCCAGGGCAGUGCCAGCAGCACGGCUGGGGCUGGGGGCGCACAAAGUACCGAAGUUCAAGCACCAGAAGGACAAAAAAAAAAAA